UCUUGAUCUUGAUAAUGAUAAAGAUCAUGAUGACCAUCAUCACUAUUAUUGUAUUGAAACAAUUUUCAUUCUUCUAUUACUACCUCAUCCUCAUUCAAUGUCUAUUUCUACAUCAUCAUCUAUUAGUUGCAACAACAAUUUCCACCAUUUCGAAUAUUAAUCAUUCGACAUCAUCAAAUUCUUUUUCUACUCCAUCAUCAUUAAAUUGUUCUAUAUGUUCAAAAAAUCUCAAUUUAUUCUGUGAUGAAAAAAGUGGCCGUUGUGAAUGUCCUGCAAAAAUGCCGGUACGAUUAUCAUCGGAAAUUCCUUGUUUACCGUAUAAACAUUUGGGUGAUCUUUGUAUCCAUUCGGAUGAAUGUCGCCAAACAGAGAAUGCUGUAUGUAUUGCAACGUUUUUAUUUUCGAUAAAAAUCCUGAACAAAACACCAUCGUUUAAACAAUGGUUUUUCUAUAAUAAAAUUCAUAACGAUGAAGAUAUGAAUUAUCUGCUGAACAAACUAUAUGGCCGAUGUAGAUGUCAAAAAGGAUUUCGAGCAAUAACACCUACCCAAUGUAUACCAUCAACAUUUGAUACUUCUAUCAUUUGUAAUCAUGAAAAUGAUUGUUUAUCCAUUCGUGGCCAUUGUGAUCGUAAUCGAUGUCGAUGUCCUAAUGGUUAUCAUUAUGAUUUAAUCAAAGAACGCUGUGAUGAAAUUUUUAAUUUACAUCUACAUUUUUGUGCCUCAUCUUCAGAUUGUUAUAUACAGCAAUCAAAUAUGGAAUGUAAAAAUCAAAAAUGUGUUUGUACUCGGAAUUAUUCAUUUCACAACGAUACCGGAUGUGUGCAACUUGAUAUCUGUAACAGUGAAACAACAACGACAACGAUACGUCUUCGUAAUCAUCAACGACAAUCAAACACACCUAUAUGUCAACAGCAAUUAUCAUCAUCAUUUUCGACCAUUAAUGUUUGUCGUUUUGUGAUUAAAUCAUUUCCAUUGAUUCUAAUUGUAAUUAUAAUAUCGAAUCUUUUAUGUUAUAUUCGAACACGAAAAUCAUCAUUAAGUAAUCGGCUAUAUCGACAUCAUAGGGAAAUACAUGAUUUAAGACGUCGAUAUAGUGAAGAACAACGACAACGAACCAAUUCAUCAAUGAAUCAUUUAUCUAUUGUUCCAAAUGAUCGAACAAUUCAAUCAUGUUCUCUGUUAUCAUUACCUGAUUAUGAAACAAUAAUUAAUAAUGAAAUGCCAGUCAUUAUCGAAAACCACCGCAAUUAUCAAAAUCUACAAGAACGAUUACCUACAUAUGAAGAAGCUAUUGUUUUAUCCUUGAAAAAUUCGAUCAACUCUAGUUCUGAUCAAGACAUUAUUCAUGGUCAUAAUGAUGAUGAUGAUGAUGAUGACAAUGACGAUGACAAUGAUCAACAACAAAAUGACUACCAUGGUAUUGUUUCACAACAUCAACAACAAAGGCAACGAAUGCUUGAUGGCCAUUGUGAAUAUCAUCAUCAUCAUCAUUAAAUAUAUGUUCUCAUCAAAAA